UGGGGCCAGUCAGCAGCUCUCAAAGCUCUUUACUGAGGAGCUCAGUAUCAUUAUCCCCAUUUUACAGAUGGGGAAACUGACGCACAGAGUGGGGCUGUGACUGGCCCCGGUCACCCAGCAGGCCAGUAGCAAAGAAGCCAAAGAUCUCCUGAGUUCCAGCCCAGUGCUCUAUCCAUUAGCGCCCCCCCCCCCCAGCUCCGCCAAACAAGCAAAACACACAAAUGGGAGCUGAGAUUUUUUUUAAAAGUGUUUAAAAUAAACUAAUGAAAGCCGAGCUUCUCCCAUAAUCACCAGCAGAGCUAGGGAUGUGGUAUUGCCGUUCUACAAGGCACUGUAGGGUUUUCUGUUGUGAGCUCCUGGGGAUGUGACCACAAUCGGGCCUGGAGGAAAGGACAACACCGGAGAGGAAUCAGUGAGCAGGGAGUUAGACCAGCUGGGAACCCUGCAGGGGAGCACGGGAGUCCCAGCAAAGCCGCCCAGAGCCCCUCUAGCAGGGAGCAGGGAAGAAGGAGGGGGAUCCCCGGAGCUGCCUGGGAGGAGCCAAAGGGAACAGCGAAGCCGGGCUGCAGGCAGGCUCGUUCGAGGAUUGACUGCGCACAUAACCCCAGGCUGCUGGACCCCCCCACCGGCCACGUCCAUGGGUGAGAAGUCCAACACGUGCCCGUACUGCGGGAAGGGCUUCCGGCGCAGCUCCCACCUGACCCGGCACCUGGGCACCCACUCAGGCGGAGAGCAGCGCCCCUAUGCCUGCAGCCACCGCAGCAAGGGCCCGGCCCUGACUCCGCCGCCGGCGGGCGAGCGCCCCUACGCCUGCACCCACUGCGGGAAAGCCUUUGGGCGCAGCGCCCACCUGGCCCGGCACCAGGAGACCCACUCCGGUGAACGCCCCUACAAGUGCACCUACUGCGGGAAAGCCUUCGGGCGCAAUGCCCACCUGACCCGGCACCAUGGCACCCACACCGGUGAGCGCCCCUACCAGUGCGGUAUCUGUGGCAGGGCCUUCACCCGUGACGCCCACCUGACCCGGCACCAGCUCGUCCACACCGGCGAGAAGCCCUUCCAGUGCGGCGUCUGCGGCAAAGCCUUCACCCGCAGCGCCCACCUCGCCCGGCACCAGGGCACCCACACGGGCGAGAAGCCCUUCGAGUGUGGGGUCUGUGGCAAAGGCUUCACCCGCGAUGCCCACCUGGCCCGGCACCGGGCCACUCACACCGGCGAGCGCCCCUACAAGUGCGCCGACUGCGGGAAGGGCUUCGGAGCUACCUCCCACCUCCUCCGCCACCAGAGGACCCACCAGGAGUAGCUGCCCUGGCGUGGAGCGUGGGAACCAAGGGGCAGUGGUUCCCACGCCUCUGGCGCCCUCCUCCAUCAUGGGAGGAGAGGGCAUGGGAAUCAGGGGGCACCAGUUCCCGUGCUGCCACCCUCUGGGGUGUCCCUCCCACAUGGGGAACUGAGGGGGUGCCAGCUGUCAUGUCCACUCCUUUCCCAUGGGAGGUUGUGGGAUUCAGGGGGGUGCCAGCUCCUAUGCCACUUCUGCCCAGAAUGCACCAUCCUCAGGGGAGGGCGUGGGAACCAAGGGGGCACCACUUCCCGUGCUGCCACCCACUGGGGUGCUCGUCCCCCGGAGGGAGAGUUGGUGCCCCUACUUACACACACUGACAUGCUCCUACUCCCCUGGGCUGGGCGUGGGAAUCGAGGGGGGGCAGCUGCAACGACCGUACAGAGGAUCUGGCCCAGAGUUGGGCUCCGGGCAUCCUUGGGGCGUGGAUGUUAACGUGGGCUGCCUGGGGAGCGCACGGAAUCACCGGCCCCAUGGCCGGUCUGCCCUGCGAAGGGACGACGAUCCAGCCGUAUCUAAAACCUCGUCCAGACAGGGAGAUUGACUGAAACAGCAGCUCCAGGUGGACGCGCUUUUCCGAGGGAAAAAGAACUCUAUCCCAGGACAAUCACUCUGCCCCCAAAGCGACGCCCUUGCCCAGCCCCGGCGACAGGCCCAGAUGCCUUCUGCUGUGCCAGGCUGGUCACAGGUGCUAGCCCCCUCAGCCCUUGCCAGGCUUGGCCUCAUCCCUUCCCAGCAGGGCCCCAGGGCGCUGGCCCUCAAAGGGGCAGCCAGCCUGGUCCAGGGAGUCCAAAAUAGCUCUGUUAGACGGCACUAGCCAGUGUGGAGUAGUUAGUCUGGAACAGCCAGGCCGGGCCACUUCCUUCAGUGUAGACAUGGUGUGAGAGCGCACAGGCAGCGUGCCAAGACAAGAGCAGCAGGGGGGUCUGUCCGUGGGUGGGUGUGUGAGAAACCUCCGUGUGUGU